UGUUUUCGGCAAAUUUCGGAAGCAGGAUCAUACGAUUGUUUGUUCGAAACUAUGCGGAUUUUCAUUCCGAUUGUCGUAAUUUGAUGCCAAAUUACUCAAAAUUGUUGCAAGUCGGUUCCUAGGAUACGAUGAUGGGAGCGCGUUGUAAUGUGAGAGGUUCUGUUGUUUCUUCUGCCUGAGUAAUUCCUAGGAUCGAUCUCUCGCAACAUUGUAUUUGCUUCUGGAUGAGAUAUCGAGCCAUAAUUUUCAUUCCUUCUAACUUUUCCUGCCAUGGAUGUCAUUGUUAAUGACGACGAGUCGUGUCUUGAUGCCGAAUUAUUGCAACUUCCUGAUGUCUCUCAUUCCGUUCUUAAGUCGAACCUUUACGUUGCCGAUAAGUUGUUCGACCAAUGGCUUUCUCUCCCCGAAACGUUGUCCCUGGUGAAGUCCUUAGUUAAUAAUGCAAAGGCUGGCAUUCCCUUGAAUGUUCCUGGUGUACAUUCCAGCCCAAAUGCAUCUUCAAAUAAUUCAUUGCCCUCCAUGUUUCUUGCUGGCAAUGCACCUCCACUUUCACCGAGAUGUUCAUCUGGUUCUCCCCGCACUGCAAAACAGAGAGUGGGCCCUUCUAAUUUAGGUUCUCCUUUGAAAAUAAUUAAUGAGCCUUUCAAUGAAGUGAUACCUCAGUUCUACUUCACUAAUGGGCCACCUCCUCCUAAUGAACUAAAAGAACGAUGUUUGUUUAGAAUCAAUCAGUUCUUCUAUGGUCACCCAGAUGGGCUGAAGGUUAAUGAGUUUAAGCCUGUUACAAAGGAAAUAUGCAAGCUUCCAUCUUUUUUCUCUACAUCCCUAUUCAGAAAGAUUGAUGUUAACUGCACAGGGUCUGUAACCAGGGAUGCAUUUGUUGAUUAUUGGGUCAACAUCAAUAUGUUGACAAAGGAUUUGGCAACCCAAAUAUUUUCCAUCUUAAAGCAGCCAAAUCUUAAUUAUCUUAUUCAGGAUGACUUUAAACCUGUGCUUCAAGAACUUGUAGCUACACAUCCUGGAUUAGAGUUUCUACACAGUACGCCGGAAUUUCAAGAAAGAUACAUUGAAACUGUAAUAUACAGAAUUUAUUUCUACAUGAAUCGAGCGGGAAAUGGCCGUUUUACCCUUAAGGAGCUGAAACGUGGUAACUUAAUUGCUGCAAUGCAACAUGCAGAUGAAGAAGAGGAUAUUAACAAGGUUCUAAGAUACUUCUCUUAUGAACAUUUCUAUGUGAUAUACUGCAAGUUUUGGGAGCUGGAUUCAGACCACGAUUUCCUGAUAGAUAAAGAGAACCUUAUUAGAUAUGGUAACCAUGCUCUUACUUACAGGAUUGUGGACAGAAUAUUUUCCCAGGUUCCAAGGAAAUUUACUAGCAAGGUUGAGGGGAAAAUGGGAUAUGAAGAUUUUGUGUACUUUAUACUAUCUGAGGAGGAUAAAUAUUCUGACACUAGUAUUGAGUACUGGUUCAAAUGCAUAGACUUGGAUAAUAAUGGGAUAUUAACGAGGAGCGAAAUGCAAUUCUUUUAUGAGGAGCAAUUACAUCGGAUGGAGUGCAUGGCACAAGAAGCAGUUCUUUAUGAGGAUAUUUUGUGUCAGAUAAUUGACAUGAUUAAACCUGAGAAUGAAAGCUAUCUUACACUGCAAGACUUGAAAGGAAAGAAACUUGUGGGCAGCGCCUUGAAUAUCCUUUUUAACCUUAACAAAUUUAUGGCCUUUGAAACUCGUGAUCCAUUCCUUAUUCGCCAGGAGCGUGAGAACCCACAUUUAACAGAGUGGGAUCGGUUUGCUCAUAGAGAAUAUAUUAGGCUUUCCAUGGAAGAAGAUGCUGAAGAUGCCUCCAAUGGUAGUGGAGAUGUUUGGGACGAGUCACUUGAGGCGCCAUUUUAACUUCUAUUUCAAUCAAGAAAUUUCCAACCAAAGUGGAACUUAGCCACCUGAUAAUAGGAUUAGAUUUCGCUCGUUGCGUAUAGAAAAUGAGUUAGCCGCAAGGCAUUCAAUCUCACCUUACAAGGCUUUUGCCUCUUCCCAAAGUGAAGACUUUUUGGCGAAGGAUUUCUUUUUUUCGCACCGAAAGAAGGUUGGUUGUAGGUAGUAAUUUACAUAAAAUAUGUUUCUCUGUGGAACUUUUCUAGAAACUCUACUCAUCUGAUUUUUUUUUUUGUUCAAUUUUGUUUUUAUCAUACUUUACUAAUUACUAUAUGAUUUAUUUAUCACAUUCUUGGAAUUAGGGUUCAUUCAAGUAAAGAUUAAUAAUAAUCAUCAAGCUAUUUG